AUGAUACCGUUGAUCAUAUUGAAUAUGGAUGAAUUACCUGGUAGUGCUAUUGCUGAUUUACUUUAUGAGGAAUUUAUAUGUCGGUUUGGUUAUUUUAUAGAACUCAAGACUGAUCGUGGUGCUGAAUUCAAGAAUGAAAUGGUUGACAGGUUGUUGUAUCAUUAUGGUACAAAGCACAGUUUCAGUAUCCAACAUCAUCCUCAAGGCAAUGGUAUGAUUGAAAGGAAUCAUCAAGGAUUGAUUAAUUUCAUGAAGAAGCUACCUGAUGGUUUGAAUUGGAGGGAAUAUUUGGCUACAGCUCUUUGGGUUGAUAGAAUGGCUUAA